AUGUUCUUUGCAACCACAUAUGCUCUUCCUAGUACAAAGUAUAUUGUGGUGUUCCGGCUUCACGUUUCAGCUUGUGACCACACCACCGCAGUGUCACUGCUGAGAGAGUUGCUGGAGUUGAUGAGUGAAGAAGUUGGAGGAGGGUUAAUGGGAAAUAAUAAAGGGGAGGUUAGUUUGAAAAUUGAGGAUCUUAUUCCUAAUGGGAAGGCUAAGAAGCCUUUGUGGUCACGUGGGGUGGACAUGCUUAGUUACUCUGUUAGUUCUCUAAGGCUCACAAAUCUGAAAUUUAAAGAUACAAGGUCACCUAGAUCGUCUCAAGUGGUGAGGCUACAAAUGAACCAAAAUGAGACUGAGAAAAUUCUUGCUGGAUGCAAAUCAAGAGGGAUCAAGCUAUGUGGGGCAUUGGUAGUUGCUGGAUUGAUUGCUGCAUAUAGCUCUAAACGUCGACUUGAUAAUCAACGAAAGAAGUAUGGGGUGGUGACUCUCACUGAUUGUCGUUCCAUUCUUGAUCCAGCUCUUUCCAAUCGCCGUUUUGUCUUUGAGGACCCUGUGAUUGAUCAAUCCAAUGACAUGCAACAUGAGGUUGGACUAGAGGACUACAUGGGGUGUGCCUCGGUUCAUGGUGUUGGCCCAUCCAUUGCCAUGUUUGACACAGUUAGGGAUGGAAAAUUGGAUUGUGUGUGCGUGUAUCCGGCACCAUUGCAUUCAAGAGAACAAAUGCAAGAGCUAAUUGAUAAUAUGAAGCCUGUUCUUGUGAAUGGUAUUGUAGCUAACCCUGUGGGGUGA